AUGAUCUACAAACUUCUCGAAGAUGUAAAGAAGCUUCAACCUCCCCGGGUCUCUAUUGCACCGACCAUCUUUCUACACACUCUCUUUUGGCGCGACAAGAUGCACUUCACACUCGUUCAACUCACAACACUCGCCUUGCUUGGCCUCUCAGCAUCAGCGGCACCUGCACCGGAUGGUGGCCCAUUUGUGAACUCUGUUCGUCCUGUGGCCGGUGCGCCAGGCGAGUACUCUGGUGCAGCGCCAGUUCCAGCGCCCAUUGUCCCAGUACCGGCUGCAACAGCCCAAGCAGCCGUUGUUCAAGCCGCUAGUGACGCUCCUCCAGCCUUUGUUGGCGAUGGCCCACAACCCGCUGUUCUCUACAAUCCCGCCAACGACGAUUCAGCGCGCGUUCAAGCUGCAGCUGCUGCUGCGGCCGCCGCCUCGACACCUGUCGCAAUCGCGCCGAUUGCUCCAGCUGCCCCUGCUUCUGCAGCUGGUGGUGUCAUCAAUCCACAGACUUUGGUACAACCAGCACCGAAUGCAGCGCCCGUCGGCGACGCAAGCGCCAUUGUUCGCGCUGCCGCAGCAUCAGCUAAUGCCAUCGCUGCCGCGGCUGCCGUUGCUGCUGCUGCCUCGCAGGUCGCAGGAAAACCUCAAGCACUGACCACAACAGCUGUUGCACAGCCUCGAGUAUCAACGGCUGCUACUUCGUCAACACGCUCUGUCAGAACAGUAAACAUGACCACGACACUUUGCAGCGCAUGUGGCGUGCCGACUGCAACAGUCGUUGCGAAUGCGCCCGUCGUGUUUACGGGAGCAGCGAGCAGUGUCAAGGCUAGCCAGGGUCGACUGUCUGUUAUGGUCGGCCUUGCAGUGGGUGCCAUUGCGGCAUCCGGCCUCUUCUUGUAG